AUGGCUUCCGCUGCCGCUCCAAAGGGAUACGACUAUGAAACUACCGAAGUCGGCGGCGUCAAGCUCGCCUGCCGAGACUUCCCGGCGCCAACUACAACGUUAACCGUCGUUGCCAAAGCUGGUUCGAGAUACCAGCCAUUGCCCGGAUACUCCGACGUGUUGGCCAACUUUGCGUUCAAGUCAACGAACAAGAGAUCGGCGUUGCGGAUUACCAGAGAAUCAGAGCUGCUCGGCGGAGAGUUCUCGGCUUACCAUUCCAGAGAGAACAUUGUUCUCCAAACCCGAUUCCUUAGCUCUGAUCUUCCGUACUAUGCUGAAUUGCUGGCUGAAGUUGUUUCGGACACGAAAUAUCCAGCCCAUGAACUUGAUGAGCUCGUCAUUGGCCUUGUGAAAGCCUCCCAGCACACUGCCGCCGCAAACCCUUCUAUUCAGGCUCUUGAUGCCGUUCACGGCGUUGCUUACCAUCGCGGACUCGGGAACCCAUUGGUGCCAUCGCCAUUGACCCCUUUGAAAGAAUACGUUGAGGCUGAGGGUGUUGCGGCGUUUGGUAAAAGCGCAUACACCAAAGCCACUGCUGCUGUUGUUGCUAGUGGUUCCAACGCGAACGAAGUCUCCAAAUGGGUUGGUCAGUUUUUUGCUGGUGUUCCCGCUACCCCCACAAGUAGCCCAUACAACGCCGUCGCAGGUGAACCCAGCAAGUACUACGGUGGGGAGCAACGCAUUCCAAGCCAAGCUGGGAACGCCGUGGUGAUUGCUUUCCCUGGCUCCAGCGCCUUCGGUACCAGCGGAUACAAGCCGGAAUAUAAGGUUCUGGCUGCCCUUCUCGGCGGUCAGUCUAGCAUCAAAUGGUCCGCUGGUUCUACUCUCCUUUCCAAGGCCGUUGAGGGCGUUUCUGGAGCUUCAGUCGCUACCCAAGAGACAGCGUACUCUGAUGCCGGACUCCUCUACAUCACUAUCACCGGAAAGGCCGAAUCUGUUGGCGCAGCUAGCAAGAAGGUCGCCGAGGCCCUCAAGAAGGCCGCUUCUGGUGACAUUGCGAGCGAAGACAUCAAGAAGGCCAUUGCCGUUGCCAAAUUCCGUGCCCUCGAAAGUGGACAGGGCCUCACAACCGGCAUGGAGCUUACUGGAUCUGCUCUUGUCCAUGGUAACAAACCAUUCCAGGUGGGCGAACUUGGCCAGAGCAUCGAGAAGGUCACUGAACAACAAGUCAAGGCGGCCGCUAAAUCUCUUCUCAACGGCAAGGCGUCCGUCGCCAGCGUCGGCGACCUUUUCCACAUCCCAUAUGCGUCUGACCUUGGUCUAACCGUGUAA